AUGUUGUUUUCUGCAGCGGCUCUGUGCCUCUUUUUUGUACCUCCCACGAAGAGAGCACCGAAGGAACGGAGCCAUGGAGGUGGCUUUUAUUGCACCAUCUUCCAGCGCCAGCAGCUCGAGCCUGCCAACCGGCAUUGCACGGACAACUCUCCGAGGAACCCAGCCGGAAAGCGGAUCCUUCGGGGCGGGGGCGAAGGCCGCCGUUCUUUGUGGUGCGGCUGCUGCAGCGAGCCUGGCCACUCGGAGACGCACCAUGCGCCGAGCAGAGCAGGAGUUGGCCACGCUGCCCAAGCACAUGCAGCCUGUGGACAUGAACAA